AUGACGACUCUUCAGCUUCGCGCGCAUCUCGAGGCUCUGCCAAAGGAAUUGUACGAUGAAAUCUACGAGCUUACCUUCACCCCGCCGACCGGCACCACCAUUCAUAUCGAGCAUUCGCCUUUCAAUGACGGAAUGUUCUAUGACUGCGCGGUGCCAUAUGCCGAGUUCCCGCUGAAACUCCUGCAGGUCAGCAGGGCCACCAGAAUGAAAGUCGCCACCUUACACUUCUCCCGCAACAUCUUCAUUGUGCGAAGGUAUUCGCUGCUCUACACGUGGCUCAAAUACAGAUUACCGUCGGACCAUCGGUUGCUGUUACGGGAUGUUCGAUGUAGAGCGCCUGUUCGACGCGACCCCUCGUCCCCUUUUCCAGAAGAGGAGAUUCAAGCGGGAUUUGUGAGAUUCAUGUUUGACGACAUGAGGGACACCAGGUUUACUUUCGGUUAUGUCGAGCCUGUCGAUGCUGAAGGAGCAAGGUAA